AUGUCGACGCUGUUUGUGGUGCGGCAGUGCCAUGUGUACCGUGUGCCGCCGCGCACGAGUGCCGCUGGCUACCGCGCAGCGGAGUGGGGAGACACGAGUCAACCGCUGUGGACAGGCCGCAUGCGUGUGCUGGAGCAUGCCGAUACAUGUGAGAUUCGUCUGGAAGAUGGCCAGACUGGGGACCUCUUUGCCAUGUGUCCCUAUGAUAUCACGGGUAAGUCUGUCGAGGCCGUGCUGGACUCGUCGCGGUACUUUGUCCUGCGCGUGGAACAUGACGAUGGCGAAACGAAGCGACAUGCAUACAUUGGACUGGGCUUUGUGGAACGCAGCGAAAGCUUCGACUUCACCGUGGCACUGCAGGACUGGACGCGGCGCCGCAAGUCGGAACAGGCGGGCCCGUCGAGAGACGAGUCCGCGGGGCCAUCUCCGCACCUGCCAGCCGGACCGCGGCAAGAUUUCUCGUUGUCCAAAGGCGAGACCCUGCAUAUUCCUAUGCCGAGCCAUGCACUACCGCUCUCUGCUCCCGCAGCGUCGACGGGCUUUGUGCUACCACCGCCACCGCCGCCCUCCAGUAGUCACCGAACGAGAUCAUAA